AUGAAGGCAGGAGACGAGCAAGGGCGGGCUCCGAUCACUGUGGCCGCAAACAGGCUCACAAGUUGGUCGGUCAUGAAGAGGGAUGCCAAGGAAGAGGAAGAGACCUUGCAGAAAAGGGAGAGGCAGCCGCGGAGGCCUCGGGAAGGGACUGGUAGAGGCAACACAGUACUUGUUGAUAGCGUUGCGCACGGUGCGGCUGCUACACGGAGCACUGGGCAGGGUGCUGGAAGCACCGUGGAGCAAGCUUUGAUUGCUCAGUCGAUAGAGAGAGAAGGAGAGCUCAAGAUGAGAGUGCAGAGGCUGGAGGAAGAGCUGCGAGAGAAAGAGAGACUGGUGGAGGGGAUGCGCAACAAGAUGAACUCCAUGCUGCACAUUGCAAAUGACUGCGGGGCACAAUGGACAGGAGUGUGGCUGACACUGAAGGACCAAGAGGACCCAAAGGACCUCUCCACGUUGCUUGACAUGCAGGCCAAGAAUGCUGAGGCAAUGCAGAUCGCAGCAGAGAUCACUGGGGCUCAGAAAGAUCUUAGGAAGGAGGGCGAAGACGUUGAAAGAGGCGGAGAGGAGGCCAGGAAGUUGAUGUUCACGGACUCUGAGAUACGAAGCCUAUGUGGAGUUCCGCUCUCAGGAGAGAUGUACAGCUAUGUGAGAUGGAGCAAGCCUGGUGAGUUGCAAGUCGGAGAGCUGGUGGCCGUGAGGAGGCAGAACUCGUUGGUGGUCUUCGGCAUUGUGUUUGCGAUAGUUGACGGGGUUGAAGACAAGGUGGAUGUUACCAUUCAGUGUGCGAGCAGAUAUGCCAAAGGACGUUUGCGGAAAAUACUCUCUCAUAACAAAAUAGGCAAGUUUGCCCCUGCUGCGUUUCCGCACAACUACCACGAGGCAAGGUACAAGGAAUACAUCUCCACCAAGAAUGAGGUGGCAAGUGUUGCUCAAGAGCAAAGAUUGAAGCGCACUCUGUCGCAGUAUCCACGAGACUUGCGUUCUUGGUGCGAGCUAGGAAGGUUGUAUCAUAGCAGAAAGGAGCUUGAGUUGGCGAGGGAUGCAUAUGAGAAGGCGUUGAAGGAGGAUCCUUUCGACUAUGUCACGUUGACGAGCUAUGGAAGGUUGAAGCUGGAGGAGGGCGACAAGACGUUCGCGACAUGGUUGUUUCGAAGGGCAGGAGUACAACAGACUAUGCGAAGCAACGAGAUUUCUUUGACCAAUGAGUUGAGGGACAAGGCGUUGGGUGUGAACAGUCUUGCAGAUGGUUCUCUUGGGCUGGAUUAA